GGUGCUGAAGGGGCAGGUAACUUCUAACCACAGGGACAUUGAGGGAAGGAGCAGGUGUGGUUGAUUUCAGGGAAGGAGUGAAUGUGGGAGUUCUUCAGUUGGAGCUACAUCAAAACAUUGGUUUUCCUUUUGUGGCAAGUUUUUGGAGGGCUGAAGCAUGUGCAACGCUUGGGUUGUGCUAGUAUUCUGCUUGGGACAGCUGUGUGCAGAUCAAAGCCUGAAGCCUCAGAUUGCAGCCUCUCGGCUUGCUGCAAAUAACCCCACACUUACUACAGUUUCUCUAGAAAAACCCUUCUGUAUGUUUGACAGCUCACUGCGUCCAAAUAAAUCUUAUGCCAUCUACUUAUAUGCAAUGAAGGAAUCGGCAAGUGCAAUAAGCUCCCUGGUGAUCAACAGCAGCAAACCACUUGACAGCACCUUCCAACAGACAAGAGGGGGGCAGCUUGGACCUUACAAGGCUGCCUUGUUCAAUGUGCCCAGUUGUGCAUCGCCUCCCAAACUUGCUGAUGUAGGAGACAUUAACAAAGUUUCUGAUGUCCUAAAACAAUACCUCUUCAGAGUCGGGGAUGAUGGGACUUGUUUGUAUGACCCAAACUUCCUAGGUAUCUGUAACCCACCUCUUGCACCAGACACAACAUACAGGUUUAAAUACUUGUUGCUAGAUACCACAGAAGGAACUGUGAAAGAGCAAACUCUCUGGUCUGACCCAAUCAAAACCAGACGAGUUAAACUUCCCUCGAAAAUUGAUACCUGGCCUGGUCGAAGGAGUGGAGGCAUGAUUGUCAUUACAUCGAUCCUAAGUGUUCUUAUGUUUCUUCUGCUUGCUGGCUUUCUUGCUUCUGUGUCCUCUGUUGUCAUGAGAUCAGAAGACUCUUCUGCAGAGACAAGGAGAAUGUCUCAGACUAUCCAACAAAGUGAACCAAAACCACAGUUAAGCUCCGAGUGAACAACCUGAUUCAAGUCAAAAGUGGAAUUGCCACUGAAUUGCUACAGGUGCUAGACCUAUGGGACUGUCUCUUCUAUGCAACACUGGUCCAAAACAAGCUACAGAAUACAACCAGACAAUGGAAGAUAAAUGGCACAGAUGAAAUAAGGACAAUUUUUUUUUUUUUUAAGUCUUUCAGUACAUGAUAGUUUGUCUUGUCCUAACAAGAUUUGAUUUGGCUAAUUGCCUUGUAAAGCACAUAUCAAACGCCUAGACUGAGAAAAGAAUCUUCAUGAGAUCCUUCAACUUCACUAGUGUGAUUGGAGGCUGUCUAGUACAUAUGUCUUAUCUGGAGUAAGCAGACCUCUCAUCUGCUUCUCACAAUGAGAUGAUUUUGCUGUUUGUAUUUCAACCUUUUGCUAUAGUAACUGGUUAGGAACAUAAAACCCAGGCUGCUACAGAAGAAAAUGUCCUUGAAGAAAACUAGAGAUUAAGGGUUAGUCAGUGGGGAGCUACUACUACAUCCUCAGGAUUUUAGUGACUAUCUGUGUCACAAGAAUUUCCUUUUUUCAUCUCCUUCCCUAAAAGAAAACAAGCAAAUUCCAAUUGCCCUGUAUGUAACGGAGAACUCUAACUCCUUGCUCUGACCCAGUGUAAAAUCAGGCUAUCUAACAGUAGGAUCAAUAAUAUUAAUAAAGCCAUGUAAGUAUCCUUUCAGCUGUAGACAGUCUAUACAUUAUGUUGGAUGCCAUAAUUCUAUAACUGAAGGUUUUCCAUUUUGUUUAAAGGAGUUGCUUGAGUCUGUGUGUCAGCAUGUACAGCUAUCAUUUAAAAUACAACACUAGAAUAAUCCA